AUGAACAUCGAGGUGCACAACAUCACCUACACCAGCGCCACCGUGUCCUGGGCCACCAGCAGCCCCUGCCCUGAGAACUUCUACCACRUCAUGUACCGGCCCAACUGGAACAGCGUUUUUGCUGGUUACCUGCGGCAGAACUUCCACCGCGAGGAGCGAGUGCCGCACCCGCUGAGCUCGCUGGUGCUGCGCCGCCUYACACCCUCCACCAUCUACGUCCUGUGCAUCACCUGCAAGAACUCCUACCCCUCCAGCAACCACUGCACCACCUUCCACACGCUGGACAAAAUCCCGCUGGUUUUUGGAGGCUCCAAGCACGAGCCCAGCACGUCCGUGUGGAUGGUGAGCAGCCUGCUGCUGCUCUGCUUCCUCGCCCUGCUGGCCUACGGCUGCCUGCAGUUCUGGUCAGCACGGUGCCACCAAGCUGCUGGGAUGAAACACCCCGACCCUGARGAAGUGGUGGAAGGAAGCAGCUCACCAGAGGAGCCACGGAGUGAUGGACUGAGGGAGGAGCUCCUGGAAGUGCCCAUGACCACGGUGCUAAUGAGGAGCUCCAGUUUCGUGAAGGAGAGCCCGUAUAAUUCACCUCAUUGCUUUUUCUCCUAUAAAACCARCGAUGAUAAAAGGGCCAUCUUGCCACAGCAUGGCCUUCAAUGAGAGCAAAAGAAAACAAAAUUUUGCUUAGAGGUUUGAUUUGUCC